UUUCAAAUCAAAUGCCAGUUUUGGUCGAGAAAACGAAGAGAAUUCAAUUUCUGAGCAAUUUCUUAGCAUGAUAGAAGUUUUGUUUGCUUAUUGGAAAAGAAAAAGAAAAAGACACUCCUUUCUUCGAAGUCUCCACCAGAAAAAUGCGAGACACGUCACUCUUUAGCUUUCCACACCAGCUAGUUAUCUAAAAAAGCUUUCAUAAACAAAAAACUGGUAUUUAAGCAAAAAAAAAAAAAAAAAAAAAAAAAAAAAAAAAAAAAAAAAACUGGUAAUUUUUUUCCUCAAUGAAAGAGCUUCAAUAGACAUCUGUAGCGUUCAUCAACUGAAACACUUAAUCAACGGUGACGAUGUGCAUAAUAUUCAACCUCCCAUAAUACGUUCACUGUUCAUACACAUUGACAAGGUGUUGACCCACUGAGCUUCUUUCAGUCCGAGGCCGAGUGUGUCCAAUUUUUGGCGUCCACUCCACGCACCAAAUACCCAAAUUAAUUCGCCUGAAAAUUUUGUUUCCGAUCUGUAUGCACCAUGGACUUAUGGGACGAUCAUAUCGGUCCGUACCUCGACAGGAGUGUCGACGAAGAAGAAACCGGCGAGCCACUGCCGUCGUAUAAAAUCCUGAACGAAGCAGAUAUAAGGCAACGACAAGAGGAUGACAUAGAAAGAGUUCGCACAGCACUUUCGGUAUCGAAAGCUUCAGCGAUCGUUUUACUCCGCCACUUCAAUUGGAAUUUCAGCAAACUGUGCGAUGAGUGGUUCGACGACGAAGACGGAGCCCGAAACAAAACCGGUUUGUUGUUGCUUACUCGCCCAAGUGUUCAACGCCCACCACCUGUUUGUCGAAUUACUUGCGGAAUUUGUCUCGAUACUUUUACCGAAUCGAUCGUAAGCUGGGCUUCUUGUGGUCAUCCGUAUUGCCGAUCAUGCUGGGGCGGCUACAUCAGCAAAUCGAUACACAAUGACGGUUCAGGAUGUUUGCUUCUGGAAUGUCCUCAUCCAUCUUGCAGAGCCGCCGUGGGAGAAGACAUGGUCAACGCGUUGGUUGUCGAUCAUUCCGAUAAGGAAAAAUAUUCUCGUUACCUUCUACGAUCUUACGUGGAAGACAGUUACAGGAAGAGAAAGAUCAACUGGUGUCCGGCUCCUGGCUGCGAUUAUGCCAUCGAUUUCGUCGAUUUCUUGGGGAAUUCGAAAGGUUACGAUGUCCAUUGCCGUUGUUCCUACAGUUUCUGCUGGAACUGUAACCAGGAAGCUCACCGUCCGGUGGACUGCGAUACGGUGGCCAAAUGGAUCGUCAAGAACAAAGACGAGUCUCAGAACUCGGAUUGGAUUCUCGUCAAUACGAAGCCCUGUCCGGAAUGCAAACGGCCCAUAGAGAAAAGCUUAGGAUGUAACCACAUGACAUGCUCGCCGCCUUGCAAGUAUGAAUUCUGCUGGACUUGCUUGGCAAAAUGGUCGCACAAAUCUGCGCAUAUCUGUACUUUGAUCCAGACCACGACGAAUUCCGAAACUGAGAAGAGAGAUAUGGUUAAGGCAAGUUUGGUUAGGUACAGUCGUUCCUAUGAACGCUGGGCUACCAAUCAAAAAUUAAGGAGGAAAGCUAUGCAGUAUUUACGUGUUGAUCAUGCAGAGCAAUUAGAGAAGCUGAGUUCCACGUACGGCCAACCCAAGCCACUUCUUAGGUUCAUAGAAAAUGCCUGGCAACAGGUAAUUGAAUGCCGGCGAGUCCUGCAAUGGAGCUUUGUUUAUGGCUAUUAUCUAUCUGAGGAUGAGGUGGCUAAGACCCAGUUCCUGGAGUAUUUACAAGGCGAAGCAGAGCAUGGGUUGAAGAGGUUUAUUCAAUGUACCGAGACUGAAAUGGGCAAGUUUGUGGAUGGUGACGGUUCGGUUGAUGAAUUUAUUCAGUACCGCUCGAAACUGAGUGAAUUGACAUCUGUGAUUGGGAAAUACUUCAAGAACUUGGUGCGAGCAAUGGAAGAUGGGCUUUCAGAGGUAGAGUCUCACUGGGUUUAUUGGAAAUGUGAGCUUUGUUCCUUUGCUAAUGGUCUGUCUACCACCAAAUGUCAGAUGUGUUUCGGCUGUCCAGUCUGAAAUUCUAAUCCAUCCAAUGAGAUAUUAUGGUUAAUUAAUCAUAUUUUCAUGGGGUUUUAGCAUCGAAUAAGGUAUUAAGUGGCGGCUUCUUGGGUUUUUAGCAUCCACUAAUGUGCUACUACUAAGAAGAAAGAAAAGAAAAACGUCUGGUUUCAUGCUAUUGCGAAUCGAGGCUUCUUUCAUGCUUUUGAAGUGAAAUAUUAGGGAGAGGAUAAACUUUGGUUGCUUCUUGUCACUAAUUAUGUUGGUAUUAUUCGUUUGUUUAUCAAUAUUAUGUAAAUACAAAGGUAGUACUUUUUGUGUCUUUCUGGGUCCUGUUUUGAAGUCAUAUCAAACAAGAUGCUGUGCCUUCCCUUUAAUGGAUCGACAUCAUUCUCUGUUUUUCA